CGUUUGGUAACGUUGCGUUUUAUUCUUACAUCCGAUGAGGGCAUCGGUGUUGUCCUCUUUACAGAACUCAACCUCGCUUUCACGAUCUGCAAAAGUGGUGUUUCUUUUCUCAUUUCUUUACUUCCCAUGUCGUUAUCUCUUCACCUCCCUGUGGUUCAAUGUAUUUCUUUUAAUUCAGGAUUAAUUGUUAAUCACAUUAAACCCAGUUAGGAUUAAUUGUUAUUCCUUUGUUUCCAUAUUGAUUUAUUGUAUCUUUCUCUCUGGAAUGCUUAAUGCUUUCAUGAUGAGUUUUACUCUCUGAGAUUUUUGGUUAACGUUAGGGAUAUUUUUUCUUUAUUAAUUUGACUAAGAUAAUUCAUCCUAAUAGGAUUGUCUCUGCAUAUUUACUUUGAAUGUUAUUUCUGUUAAACUAGAUGGACUUUCGAUAUAAAACCAAUAGGUGACAAGUGAAAUGACUUAUCUAUGUUAUAUAUUACUAAGAAUUCUUUUUAAUAUCCGAUGUGGGACACUUUGUGUGUAAUACGCCUCUCGAGAUGAUGGCUCUUUGAGCGUCAAUCUCGGAAUGCUUGGACAAGGAUCGAUGGGUCAACUUUGGACCAUAUCGAUGUGGAUCAGGUUGGACUGCGUGGAUCGGGCUUUGAUAUCAUGCUAAGCUAGAUGGGCUUCCAACCUAAAAUCAAUUGGUGAUAAGUGGAGUGAACCAUCUAUUUUAUAUAUUACCAAUGAUCCUUUUCAAUCCGAUGUGGGACACUUUGUGUCUGAUAAUUUCACUUCUGAAAGUUUUCUUAGGGGUUUGUGCUUUUGCUGAUUCGAUGGUCUUUGGUUUAUUUUAUUUUUUUCAUUUUUACAUGGCAGAACCAACAUGAUGAAACGGAAGCAAAGUUAUUGACGAGAAGGCAGCUCUAGAAGCUAAGUAUCAAAAGUUAUAGCAGUCUUUCUAUACCAAGCGAUAUGAGAUUGUGACCGGUGUGGUUGGAGUUGAAGAUUAACCUAAAGAAGUAAAAAGAGCCUGGAGAAGAUAAAGUAUACUGGUUCCAGACAGAAGGUUGGACAAUGGAUGGGCAUUACAGGUCACUGAUAUACAUGAGGCCUCUCGCAAUAAGGGGAAUGCAAUGGGCAUUGUCGCUGCAAAAGGCAAUCCUUGAUACUCCUAAGAUCAACAUGAUGGCCAGAGUUCACAUGUCCCCUAUGAGCCCCGCAUAUUCUCUCACAACUCCAAAGUUGUAACACACAAAGUAUUUUAUCUCCUUCCUUAUGCUUAAUGGAGUUCCUGAGAGGCCAGAACUCACUCCCUAUGAGUCCCAUUGGUAUAUAGGCGGCAUAAGCUAAAUAAGGACUUGAUAUGGAAUCUCUUUCCGGAGUACUUUUCAAACUCUCACUGCAGUUCUCUGAAGAUUAUCCAAAUAAACCACCAACCGUUCGUUUUGUGUCACGGAUGUUUCAUCCAAAUAUUUAUGCAGAUGGGAGUAUUUGCUUGGACAUUCUACAAAACCAGUGGAGUCCAAUAUAUGAUGUUGCUGCUAUACUUACCUCCAUCCAGUCAUUGCUCUGUGACCCUAAUCCUAAUUCUCCUGCAAAUUCGGAAGCCGCUCGGAUGUACAGCGAAAACAAGCGUGAGUACAACAGAAAAGUGCGUGAUGUUGUCGAGCAAAGCUGGACUGCGACUAGUAGUAGUUAGAGUUGUAAGCUGUGUAACUCUCCUCUCCUAUUCUCAAUGUCACACCAUUAAGCAACACCUUUCUUUUAUCUUUUCUCAUUCAUGUCUUUUGUGUUGUGUGUUUCAAAACUCCUCUGAUUGGAUGCUUUGAUGGUUCUAUGAAACCUUUGUACCAAAUUUUGCUACGUAUCAGAAACAACUCUGUACCAAAAU